AAAUAAAGAUUGAAGAAACAUUCAGUGUGAAACAUGAAGAAACUGAGGAACAAACAGACCUGAUGGAAAAAAGCGAGGAGAGUGAAGAACUAAAGACAUUUCUAAAGAAAAGAGCCAAGAAAUCUUUCACCUGCACUCAGUGUGGAAAAGGUUACUCAACCAAACAAAGUCUUGAUGUUCACAUGAGAGUUCAUACAGGAGAGAAGCCGUUCACAUGUGAUCAGUGUGGGAAAAGUUUCACGCGAUCAUCACACCUUAAAGAGCACAUGAGGAUCCACACAGGAGUGAGACCGUUCACAUGUGAUCAGUGUGACAAAACAUUUCGUAGAGAAUCAGCCUUAAAGAGACACCUGACAGUUCAUACAAAGGAGAAGCCAUAUUCAUGUUCUGUGUGUGGAAAGAGUUUUUCACUGCUGUCAUAUUUACAUGAACAUCAGAAAAUACACACUGGUGUGAGAGAGUACAAGUGCUUUAAGUGUGAGUGCGAGAAGACUUUUACUACAGCAACCCAUUUAAAACAGCACCAGAGAAUUCACUCUGGAGAAAAACCUUACAAGUGUUCACACUGUGACAAGAGAUUCAGUCAGUCAACACAUCUGAAAACACAUGAGAAGAUCCACACAAGAGAAAAAGCUUACAAGUGUUCACAGUGUGACAAGAGAUUCAGUCAGUUAGCACAUCUGAAAACACAUGAGAUGAUCCACACUGGAGAAAAACCUUACAAGUGUUCACACUGUGACAAGAGAUUCAGUCAGCCAACAAAUCUGAAAACACAUGAGAGGAUCCACACUGGAGAAAAACCUUACAAGUGUUCACACUGUGACAAGAGAUUCAAUAAGUCAUCGCAUCUGAAAACACACGAGAGGAUUCACAGCAGAGAGAAGCCGCACAUGUGUGAUCAGUGAGGAAAGAGUUUCUCUUUUAAAAACCACCUGAAGAUACACAUGAAGAUCCAUGCAGUGGAGAAACCACAUCACCACAGUCUGAAAUCAUAAGUAGUUCAUCUUUGUGCUGAGAAAAAAUGUCUCUUCUGUGUAAGGUAGACAAAUCUCUCCUCUCACCUAUAGUUGGCGCUGUUGUUCUGUUGCUGCUGUUGAAUUAUCCAGGUUGUGGAUGAGGAGCGACC